CUGGCAACGUUUAUUUGCGCUCGAGCAGCGAACGUGGUAGCACAGCUUAAGGCCUCCCCCCAAAAACAAUCUCCACGAAAAGAAAAGCCAGGCGGCGGUAAUUUGAAAAACCGUAAAGGAAAUCGACCACGGAGCGGUUAAUUAAAUUGAAAAUAAUAAAAUCGAGUUAUUAAAUUGUACGUUGCGCUUUCCAAUUUCAAACGAAUCAAGAAAACUAAUCAAGACCAGUGUGAAAAUACAAAAAAAAAGGAAAAACUUAGGCCAUACCUGGGUGAAAUUAAAUUAACAACAAAAGAAGAUAAAAAAAUAACGAACUGUGGUCAAGUGCCUGACAAUUGUGCAACCUCAAGACUCUUAACCUUAACAAUUAUAUUUUCGGCCACACAAAAAAACCAAACCUAUUGGCACAAUUCAGUUCGAUUCGAGUGCCCGCUAACUCACUUUUACCUGCAAAAAAAUAAAACUUAAUAAAAAUAUAAAAAAAAAUUUAACAAAAAGCGCGCUUUGAAAACGAAAGCAAGUUCGAUUGAAAACCCCCCACGCUUUUGCCAAAUAAAAAUUAAAACUCAAGUGGCUGCCCCCGAGAAGAUUGCAGAGCGAAGACAGUAGAUUGAAGAUCGCAGACAGAAGACAGCAAAAUGGUUGAGAAAACAGAAAUGUCGAAAUUCGUUGGCGUUGCCGACAUUACGGAGAACAAGAAAAUCUGGCGCAUGCUGCUCGGCGAGCUGGUGGGCACAUUUUUCUUGAUCUUCGUCGGCGUUGGCAGCACGACGAGCGGAAGUGUACCACAGAUCGCAUUCACCUUUGGCUUAACGGUGGCCACAAUCGCCCAGGGCUUGGGUCAUCUGAGUGGCUGCCACAUUAAUCCAGCUGUGACCCUUGGCUUCCUAAUCGUCGGCGAGAUCAGCAUAAUUAAGGCAGCCUUUUACAUGAUUGUGCAAUGUGUUGGAGCCAUCGCUGGGGCAGCUGUGAUCAAGGUGGCACUGAAUGGAUAUGCUGGAGAAGGUCUGGGUGUAUCCUCCUUUGAUCCCUCUCUGGAUGCUGCACAGGCUGUCCUGAUCGAGGCCUUGAUCACGUUCAUACUGGUGUUUGUGGUGAAGGCGGUUUCUGAUCCAGGACGUCAGGAUAUCAAGGGAUCGGCGCCAUUGGCUGUGGGUUUGGCCAUCACAGCUGGACAUCUGUGUGCAGUUAAACUGAGUGGUGCCAGCAUGAAUCCUGCCCGAUCCUUUGGCCCUGCCGUGGUGCAGGGUAUUUGGACCUAUCACUGGGUGUACUGGGUGGGUCCCAUUGCCGGUGGCUUGUUGGCCGGAAUCCUCUAUCGAUUCAUCUUCAAGGUACGCAAGGGCGACGAUGAGGCCGACUCGUACGACUUCUAAAAGGUGUAUCCGAAAAACCAUAUUCUUGUAAAUGUCCGCACCCGCUUCACAUCCGCAUCACACAUCCGCUUUCCAUCUAGCCACAGGGUCACAUCGAAUUCGUUGCCGAAAUUUCUCUUAGAUUAGGUUUUACUCCAAAUCCACCCCCACAAACACAACUGUAUCAUUUUUAUUUGUUAAAAAAUGAAAAAGAAAAUGCAAGCAGAAUGUCUCGUAUUAGUUGUAACGCGAAGCUAACACUGAAAGAAAAAUGUAUGUACGCAAUAUUGUAUUUGAGUAAUUUUAAGCUAAAUUAUAUGCACAACAUCAUUGACGCGAAUCGAAGGAAAACUGUAUUGAAGAAGCUUAACUAAAUUGUAACUCGAAGGCACUUUUCCAAAUGGAAAUGACUUUCCAUUCCGUUGAUCACCACUUGUUGAGCACCUACGAAUUGUAUUAUGAUUAUGUGUAAUAAAAAAAAACUAUAAAGAAAAUACAAA